UCUGGCGCACGGGGUACCAAUGUAGCAUUGCUUUUGGAUAUCUUUCAAAUUUGUGUAGCUUGCGGAGAUGCUUUACUUGAUACUUAAACUCACGUUGCAGCACUUCUUUUAGCUCCUUGAGUGGCGACCUUUGCCCAUUUGCUAAGAGAAAAAUAUCCUCCACUUCUAAGUAUUUUCCGUGGGUUGACCUUUACGGUCUCGUAUUAAAAUUUUAUUCACAAACAUACCAAACACGUCACCCAGGUCGUCACAGAAACGAGGUUGUAAACUUCUUAGCAUGUUGUACGUGAGUUGUUUUCAUCAGAAGGUCAAUAUAGUGUUGGAGACCGUAUAGUUGUUGUUGAAAUAUGCACGAUUUGUUCAAGACUUUUGAUGUGCUUUAAUUGAAUUUUAAAAUGUCUGCAGCGCCUAAAGGUAAAGUCCUUUUGCGCGCCAAAUCUCUCGUUGAGCCCGAUGUACACAAUCCGUUCACUUACAAGUUACGGCUCACACUCUGCGACAAAUUCAAGGUUGCAGUUCUUAGUGUAACACUGUUUCCAGUCAGGCUUCUGUGUUUAGCUCUUCUCCUUCUUGUGGCUAGUUUGAUAGGAAAAAUUACAACCCUCUGCAUGAAGAAAGAAGAAGAACCAGAACCAUUGUCAGGAUACCUAAGGAUUAUGAGAAAGCCACUUCAAGGUAUUGCCCGUGCAAUGUUGUUCUGCAUGGGUUUCCAUUGGGUUAAAGUCAAAGGCAAGCUGAGCAGUUCAGAGGAAGCUCCAAUACUAGCUGUAGCUCCACAUUCAUCAUUCAUUGAUGCCUUGGCUUUGAGUGUCAUUUGCUUACCUUCAGGAGUUUCUAGGAAGGAAAAUGAUUCAAUACCUCUUGUAGGGGGAUGCAUCCGUGCUUUGCAACCUGUAUAUGUGUCAAGAACAGAUCCAGAUUCCAGAAAGAAAACAAUCUCUGAAAUCAAAAGGAGAGCCACUUCUGGUGGAAAAUGGCCUCAAAUAGUGAUAUUUCCAGAAGGAACAUGUACUAAUAGGAAAUGUCUGAUCACCUUUAAACCAGGAGCGUUUUAUACAGGUGUUCCAGUUCAAGCUGUGGCAUUAAAAUAUCCCAACAGACUGGACACUAUGACAUGGACAUGGUCUGGCCCAAGUGGAAUAACCCUUCUUUGGUUAACACUGUGCCAGUUCCAUAAUUACAUGGAAAUUGAGAUUCUGCCAGUUUACAAGCCUGAUACAGAGGAAAUCCAUGAUGGAAAACUUUAUGCAAGGAAUGUUCGGGAACAAGUGGCAAGAUUUCUAAAUAUUCCUGUCACUGAGCAUACCUAUGAAGACACAAGGCUGAUGGUCCAGGCCUCCCAGCAGAACUUACCAUCCACGGCAGGCUUGGUAGAAUAUCAGAAAAUAAGCAGCAAGCUCAGCAUGAAGAUGGAUACCAUGAAAGAGCUGCUGGAUAAAUUCGCUGAAAUAGACUCUAAUAGGGACGGUUUGGUUGAUGUAAACGAGUUUGCCAAAUACCUGAGCCUGCCAGUCACUAGUCAUGUCAAACAUCUCUUCUCACUCUAUGACAGGGAUGAUUCAGGUUUCAUAAACUUUCGUGAAUAUCUGAUUGGCUUGGCUCUAGUGUCGCAACCAGCGAACAGUGAAAAGGCUGUGAAGCUGGCUUUUCAGGCUUUUGAUAUGAACGGUGAUGGACGAGUGGAUGAAGCAGAACUACGUCAUAUUCUUCAGAGUGCCUACCCUUCUAUCACAGACCUGAACAUCAACUGUUUGUUCAAUCAGGUGGAUGUGAACCACAGUGGAUCCGUCACGUUUGAGGAAUUUCGGGAUUUCGCCUUGUUGCAUCCAGAGUACGCCUUUCUUUUUACCCAUUACACGAAGGAUCAAACAGAGACAACGGGAGAAAACAGUCACCCAGAUCAUGAACAUCUUCAAACAGCAGUCAAGGCUUGAAGGCGGAACGCACACGACGAGAUAAAAAUUUAGUGCUUUUCUUGCCAAGAUACUUGAAUGCAGACUUAAUUAUCUCGAACUGUCUCGGGUUCCUCACAAUUUGGACUGGGUUUAUAUCAUUUAUAGAGGACUGAAGGGUAGUAACGUUGCCUUAUAAAUAUAUUUUGUAUCUUUAAGUUGUGCAGUAUUCUAUUACGCCAGUCAAAUGGAUCCAGCAACUUUUUUUUAUGGCAUGGAAAGUUAUGAAUGUUUAGAUUAAUCCAAGACUUUUUAUUUAAAGAUUUGCCUUCAGUUCCAAAUAAGUUUUAAUACUCUUCACGUUUACGCUGUCUAAGUAUAAGGCAAUUUUCAG